UACUGCGGGCACUAUCCCCUCGCCGGGCCCGGCUCUUCCCUCCCCGUGCCCCGGGCAGUGCGGGCAGUGUCCCUCCCGCCGGGCCCGGCUCUGCCCUUCCCGCGCCCCGGGCACUGCGGGCGCUCCGUGAGGGCCGCGCCGGCGCCACCGUCCCACCACACCCCGGCCGCCGCUCCGCGGGCUCCCCGAGCCGUGCCGCCGCAGCGGGAUGGCGCCGGGGCUGCUGGACCUGGUGCACUUGACAACCUGGGCCGUGUGUGCCGUGAUCAAGCUGCCGCAGCUGGUGGCGGUGCUGAGGGCCGGCUCGGCGUGGGGACUCAGCGUGACCAGCCUUCUCCUGGAGCUGGCCGGCUUACUUGUGUUUCUGAGGUACCAGAUCUAUUAUGAUUACCCCCUGGAGACAUACCUGGAGUAUCCCAUCAUCAUUGCACAAGAUGCCAUUCUCCUUUGCUGUAUUAUGCAUUUCAGUGGAAAAAAGAAACGAGCUUUGUUCUAUACAGUCAUGUAUUGGGGGGUCUGGUACGUGCUAACACUGCAUAAGUGGAUAAUAGACAUAGCCAUGAAUCUGUGCACGUUGGUCAGUGCAGCCAGUAAGCUGGUUCAGCUGCAGCACCUCUGGCAGACCAAAGAUUCCGGACAAGCGAGCGCCCUGACCUGGGGCAUGGGUGCAUACACCUGUGCAACAAGAAUUAUUACAACUGUAAUGACUACGAAUGAUCUUGCAGUUCUCAUCCGUUUCAUAACCAUGCUCAUUCUCAAUAUUUGGGUCACAGCCACAAUUCUGCACUACAGGAAGACUAAAAAGACUGAUUAGAAGACAUCCAUCAGCACACAUACCAUUACCAUUAAAAAAAUGUAAUUAAGCCUAAAUAAUUUAAGAAUUCCUUAAAGAUUGAGGAGGCUCUCUUUCUCUAAUAUUUACCCUUUAGCAUACUUAUAGUAUUUAUAGUAUUUACAGACUUACAGUAUAGUACAUUCAUGCUUACUUUUUCUUAGAAAUAAUUCUGAUAAGAUACUGAAUUUAAGCAGCAUAUUUUUAUUGGUCAUUUCAGACAAGUUUCACUGAUAUCACAUUUUCUCUGGAUUUUUUUUACUACAAGUUAUUUAAUAAUUAGAUGUAUAUAUAUUCUGGUAUUACUUCAGUACUUUCUGGUUACACAUAAGCAAUUUUCUUCAAUUGUACAUGAUCAAUUUUGCACCAACAUACUGACUUAUCCUUCUGCUGCAAAACUGAAAAACCACAACAGAUGUUUGUCUUCUUGCAAGCAACUCAAUUAGUUCAACAUUAACUGUCUAAAUUUUAGGAUGAAGAAAAUCUGAGUCAAGGCUCAAUCCAGAAUAAGGUUCUAAAUGUCUUUUACUAAGUCACAAAUCCAGUUGGGAUUGUAGCACUUACAUGCAACACUUAAUAGUACAAUUUAUACAGCUGAUACAGGAUACCCAUAGUCACUUUCCUCAGUAUACCCAGUUUUUAUCAGGUAAGAGCAAAAACUCAACUAUUAAUUCUUUUUCAAUCUGAGCUCUCCUUCACUGAACAUACUGUUUUGGGAACAGCAAGGACUAGAGUAAAUGGGAAUUAAUGAAACUGUGACCAACAGUUGAAAAUGCUGUUCAAGCACAAGUUUCUGGAACAAUAUCCAGGAUUCCCAAACACCAUCCAUACUGACAGUGACAUGUGCACCUUGAUGCAUCUCAGCAGACUGAUCUCCCAUGGUUGUCAGGUUUUGGUGAUACUCCUCUGUGGUUCAUGAGUUUUUGGCCUAUCAGUGCUAAGUGUGUUGAAGAACACAGACUUCACUUAAACUUUCACUUCAGAAAUUCUAAUAAAUUUGUAGUACUUAGAGUAAAAAGGGGGAAAGGGACAACUAUUAACAGAGAAUUUUGGUUUUGAAAGUACUGCCUUCACAAUCAAAAGUUACAUUAGUCAUCAUAUAGCUUGCCUUCAUUUCUCAUUACAUUCCCCAAAAUUAAAAGAUACUACACUUCAAAAGAGUUCUUACAGUAUUCUGUUGAUUGGCAUGUAAAAACCAAGGCACCCUUGAUCUCAACACACUUGAAAACUAUGGGAAGACUGCAAUGACUAUAUUUGAGGCAGGUUUUCUUUGCAGCAUUCCAAAUUGUGUAACUGCUGUGGAGCAAAGGGAUCUGCAAAAGCAGGUGUUUCUGUCAGUGAGCACGCAGCAAUUGGAGCAGGGCCUUCACCAUCAGAAAACAGCUGCUUUGUACUCUAAAUUUUAGUGGGAAGGGCUGGGAAGAGAUGUGUUUGUGGGCAUUGAUUUCAUGUAUCCCACAUUACUGAGAGCAAGUCAAAGCUGAGCUUUUUAUUACUGCUCCAAUAAAAUGUAUAAAUCUAUGUUGGUUGGAAGAUUAAUUGUAAACAUUCUGAUUUUAAAGUGUAAAGCCGUGUAAAGUAUCUGAAGUGGUCUAAAUGGUGGCAGGAGGCAUGUGAUACAUUUUCCAGGUGAUAUUAAUAAAUGCUCUUCUUCAAGACUGAUAGUGUCAUUCUUACAGUAAAUUUUCAUUGCAUUUGAGUUUUUAUUGUUUCCAUAUAUGGAGAGAAAAUGAAAUAUUCAUUACAGGUUAUAAAUGGGCAACUUUCACCUUAACACUUGAAGCAUCAGGCUCAAUAUUGACCUGCCAAAUGCUAAAGAGCUCCAGCAUCUUAAAAUGAAAAAGCCACACUUGCUUUGUAAUUAAAGCCUUUUCUUGAUACAGAAGGAUUUGUAUGGAAUCCAAAUCCUCUCUGUUAUUGACAUCUUUCAUACUCCUGAGUGAUGCUGUAGCAAAAUGAAGCUGCUCCAUUUUUAGUUUGAGAUCAGCAUCUCAAGUUGGUUUUUUAUCAUAAAAUACUGAAAAUGCAUUUAAGAACAGUUCUUAAUAGGCUGCUUAACACAUUUUGAAUAAACCACCUUAGAAACCUGUGGGAAAAAACGGACUGAAGAAAACAAAACUGGGUAAUUCAUGAACUGAAGGUAAAGUAAUUUUGUGGACUUGGAAAGCUGGAGUUCAUAUUCAAGCUGCAAGAGAUAUGGAACAAAUCAGAAAGUAGCAGGAAAUAGUUUUACACACCUUUUCCCCUCUCAGAGAGCAACUUCUUUCACUUUCAUAAACAGAGGCACAUUAAAGUUCCAGGCAAGCCCCAUGAAAGCACAGACCCUGUGUUUUCCAGUAGGUAAAGAAUAAUCUUCUCAGUGGCUGGAUUAAAGGCAACAGCUUUACACAAAUACAUAGGCAGGAUAAAUCUUGUUAAACUUGUCAUUCUCCAGUAUUGGGGCAGACACAAGGAGGCCAUUUGCUGUGCAAUGCAGCAGCGGGGCAAGAACAAGCAGGGAAAGCAUCUUGGAUUUAUGGCAGAAGGUGUAAGCAAGUAAGCAGCUCUCAUCCACAGGGCUGGAAGUAAUCCAGCUCCAUUCACAGAUGCUGUAUGAGUGUGGAAUUACACACCUGGUGUCUAAUUGUACCAGUUCACAAUAUGCUCACAAGGUAACACAGCCUGUCCUGCCCUGGCUGACAAAGCAUGGGUGUUGUGGGUACUGAGUCUCCUUGUCUGUGAAAAGACAAGGUCUGAGUUCCAGUACAGUCCACUGAACAACAGGUAAGCUAGAAGCUCAUUUUAGCUGUAUGAGAGAGAAAACAUCACAAGAUUUACUAUUGAAAGAAUGAGGAUGUGAGUCCAGAGACAGCAGGCUGCAGGUCUGAGGAUGUGGACAGUGGAAGAUGUGUAUAGUUUAUUUUUUCUGGACUGUUUACAGUGAACAGAACACUGAACACAAAUGCAAAACCAUCCUCUCCUAACACUGGGCAUGCUGUGCAAAGUGGACCCAAGUAUCUUUCCCUGUGCUGCUCCAAUCCAGCAAGGGAUGCUACUGCUUGGACUGCUGCAGAGUCCCUGUCCCUGCCUGACCCCUGAGCCUCUGUCUGCCGUGCACUGUGCACGUGGCUGCUCCUGAUCCUGGCUCUGCUCAUCUGAGCUGCUGAAACAGGAGAGAAAGGAGUGGAGUGGGGAGGCAGCAACACCCCCCAAGUACUGCAGAUCUAGAGCUGCAUUUUAGUGCAGUUUGACUCUGGGGAAAGUAAUUCAGAAUUAGCUGAAUGGCCCCAGUCUUACAGAACACCUUCACUUAGUUCUUUAAAUGAGGUAAAAUUACUCUUCCAUCAAACAAUCAUUCUCCAUUUAGUGACAUAUGUAAUAGGGGGAAAAUAAAAAAAGGAAAUAACAGCUGAGUCCACACAAGGAACUAUUAUAAAUGAAAAGCUUCACAGAUAUGGAGAUAACUGAAAUGAGUAGUUUCCCAGCCAUGUAUUUUCCCUGGUGAUAAAUAAUUACUUCCCUCCAAAUUCUCUUCAGAUUGGUUUUUUCCACUCUCUUCCAAAUUCUUCCAUACUUGAAAUUCGUAUUUAUGUACAAAGCAGAACAGGAAAUGUCAUCUUUAUCACUAAUAAUGGUAUAAGGAUGUCUCACUUUUAAGUGAGGAAGCUGAAAAGAAAUCUUAAAAUAGGAUGUUAUAAAGUUCUUGGUUUGCACUGAAUUUAAUUUGCUUGAUUUUGAGCCAGAGUUCUCCAGGACACUUUGGAGUUCUCGGUGAUGACAGCUGCUGAGGUCAAACAGGUGCCUGGGAGCCACAGUGAACGCCACUGUAAGAAUCUGACAGAUCAUCACUUGUGAUGGAUCCAAUUGCAAGAUCUUGCCACCCUCACAGACUUGAGUCCUGAUGGACCUCAGGUGUUUCCUGCUUAAUGGCAAGACAGACAUACAGAUAUUUUCAAGUUAAAGGUGUCAGCUAUUCCAUUCUACAUUGGCAGUACUUUGGGGGAACCAUAUCUGUCUUGGAAAAAAAUCUAAUCUUUGGGCCAGGAGUAAAAUAAGAGACUUUUUACAUCAUAAUUUUGAUGAAAUUUAAGAACAGUUUAAAUAAUUUUCACAAUUUUGUUCAUAUCCUGUUUUGUUUCAUUAUUUCAUCUAGAACUGUCUUAAAUUGUCAGAAGCCUAAACAGGUACUUCUGUGCAUUAUAUGGUAUCACUGACUCACAGGGAGGGAGCUUUAAGAGGGCAGACACCUUGUUUUAUCUGUCAAGUAUUCUGGAAAAUGAUGUAAAGGACAGAACCUGCACCACCCUAAAAUGUGACAAGUUAAGUUGGCUAAUGAUGAUUCGGAUUCAAACUGAGUAGUAACAUGGUUCCAUGCUGGAAAUACUUACCCCCUUAUUAUAACUGAAAGUUAUCUGUGCAUAUGCCUGCUCUGGAAUGUACAAGAUUUCUGCUUUGGAAUGUGAAGGGUUUGGCCAGCAGCACCGAGACUCAUGCUAUAUGAAAAUCAUAAAUGGAAGAACACACAUCCUAUGCCUCAAUGUUGCCUCUGCCAUGUAAAUCGACUCUUAAUGAAGCUUUUGUAAAGCAUGUUUUAAAUAAUUACUGGAAAUUCUUUCACCUUUGAACAGCUGACUAUAUAGAGAUCCUGUAUAUAGAGUGGUCUGACUUUCAAGAGUCUGACCUAUCUUGUGAGAUUUUAUUUUUUUUCCCCAUGAAAUGCAAUGUCAGCACAACUUACAGUCCUCAUGGACUGUCUGAGCUCAAGGGUAUUUUCCUCUCUCAGGCUUGUUGGUUUAAGUUUGCACAAAUGUCCACCUUCCAGUAAUACAACUCCCACUGCUGUAGCUUGGAACAGAGCAGGAAGAGGAGCCUCCCUGCAUGGCUUCUGGUUGGACUAAAGGCUACACAGAUGCUGCUGAAACUCAGUGGCCCCCAGGUCACAGGGACUGUAAUAUGGUGGAAAAGAUCAUGCAGAUACAUGACACCAUGGGGUCCAGCAAGCAAAUUCAAGUCCUGAAGCGGCAGCCAGACCUGCUCCAAGAGCCUACUGGAAAAUGGAGUUGAGGUCAGAGACCAUGCAAGGUGAGCCAAUAUGAAACAGGGCUCAGAUCGUGAGGUACUCAGCUCCUUCAGUCUUAAAAAGAUUAAGAGAUUUAGUAUCUCAGGUAACUCCAAAAAAAAUUUCUACCAGGUCACUUGUUAAUGAAAAUCAUCACAUAUCAAAGGUAAUUCAGUGCUCAAAGUCUAAGCAAUUAGUGAUCCAAAGGAAAAGAAGACUGGCCAUGAUUUCACAAGCCUGGUAUACUUCCUGCUGGAUAGCCAUGCUUACCAAGUGGUACAAGAGUGUCCUGGGCAAAAAUCACCCCAAACAGUAAUGACAAAUGAAAGAAAUACAUGAUAUGAGGCCCACAGGGACAAUAUAAGACUAUGCAUAGAAGCAGGCAUGCAUCUCUGAACAAACACUGAAGACCUAGACCUUAAACUGGGGUGACAGGACUGAAGCAUCCCAUGCUGCUGUCUUGGCUGUGAAAGCAUUUCUGUGCAGCUCCUCCAACAAGUAAGGGCUGCAGGGACACGACAUUACUGGGCUCUGUGUCCUUUUUUCCAGGGUUAUGUCUUUCCAGAGCUCUUUAAGGCAUCAGGACUACAUACACUUACGACUGAAAUUUCGUGACCUUUCACCAUGACUUUAAUUUUGAAAGAUCACUUUAAUCAUGCAGCUUCAGAUUAUUCUUGCAGCUUAUGGGAGCAAAAGCAGCUGCAGUCAAAUCCAAGGCUUCACCCAUGCAGUAUCAAGCAGUGAUGUGGCUUGCUUACCUUUAUAAAACACUGCUUCCUGCCUACAAAGUGGAAAACUCCAAACCCCAAUUUUCAUUAAUAAGACCAGGUAAUUAGCAUCCCUCUGCCAAUGCAUUAUUUUCUCUAUGUCCCCAAUUCCUGGAGCUAUGUUUCUACAGCUACAGCUUUUCCAUUCAUUGCAGUAGUUUCUGGGGAGACAUAGGCUGGAUGUGUUUUGAGUGUUCUUCUCUGCCACACACAUUUCAGUAGACUUGUUUAAUUUCUCAGAUGAGAAUGUCUGAGUAUACACACUGGUCCACUUUUUAGGCAAGUUCAACAUGGAACACAAAUUGUAGUUUCAGAACCACUCCAUCAGCAUCUUUCUUGGAGAUUCAAAAGAAGACUCCUUCCUACCCUCCUGAGGGAUACCUCAAAGCAGCAGGCAAACCCUAUGAUCCUUGGGAUUCUGACAGAACUCUAAAUGACUCAGAAGAUCAUCUUAAAAAUAAGAAAUAAUGUUUUCAAUUUAAAAUUUACUAUGUGCAGAGAUGAUAAUUUGUAAAACACUGUAAUGCACUGAAAAAGGCACCAAGCCUGUCAGAGGUCAAGGAGUAUCUAGAUCAUGUUUUUAGUCAUAUGGUUUUAGUUUUAUGGUUUAGGUAGUUCUGUGAGAAGCAGAGAGUUGGACUCCAUGAUCCUUACAGGUCCCUUUCAACUUGAUAUAUUCUAUGAUUACAUGAAAAAAUAAAUUAAUCAUUAUUUUAACAUGAAUGUCAAGGCAAACUAUCCAGGAAUGUGGAGGAGACUGAAAUACUCCACUCAACUGAACCUUGUACUGUUUGCUCUUCUCCUCAAAAAUAGACUAAGAAGGUGAUUAAGGGUUUGUAAGAGCAAUGCAGGUAAGAAGUUUGCUUUCCUGUAAGUUCCCCCUUUUCACAGCAGCAUCCCAAAUACAACCAAGCACAGGAUGGGUAAAGGCACUUGGGACUAAAAUAUACAAUCCUCUUCUCCAAGGAUGAUUCUCUCAAAGCUAGAUGGGAAACU